AUGGCUCCUCUGGCUAACUGUUUCGUGAAAGUAGUGCAGCGACUCGUCGUGGCAGCUUCCUGCGUCAUCUUCUACAUCCUCACGAUGCAUCUGUCGCUGGGGCACGGAGGUGAAACGGGCAUGCUCGUGAUUCUUGCAUUCCUGGCGUGUCUUGAAAAGCUGUGCUCCAUCAUGAAUCUUGUGUUUGUGGAAAAAGCCUGGGUUGUCGUGUUAACACAAAGGGAUGAAGCAGCCCUAAGAGCCAUGAAUGGGCAAAUGCGCCCGAUAUAUUUGCUCUACAAGUUGGUAGGUCCGUUGUUCAACACUAUUAUUGACGGCUUCUCCACCAAAGUUGCCAUCACUGUCAACUUUGCUAUGAAAAUCGCACCGGUCGGUGUCGAAUAUUUUGCCAUUGCCCGCGUCUACCGUGAAGUUCCUGAACUCCAAGAGUCUAAGAAGUGCUCACACGCAAACCAAGGAGACGCUAGCUCGUCACAAGAGUCCGGGAGCCGACUCCCGCAUAACUGGCACCAUGUCAGGGCUAUCGUGACCAAAUCUGCUCUGGACUUCAACCUGUACUUCCAUCACCGUGCAUUCCUUCCCUCAAUAGCCGGCACUCUCCUGUACCUAACUGUCCUCAGCUUCGCUGGACUGAUGCUCACGUAUUCGCUCUCAGAGGGCAACAGCGCCACACGGGUCGGUAUCUUGAAAACGCUGAGCAUGGCGUCCGAAGAUAACGAUGAUUCAAAGGACCAAUGGCUUUAUCGGCUGUUGGCGAGGUCGUUCAAUACUCAGUCCAACAACCUGGUCAAGAAAACCAUCAGUAUCAAAGACGUUGACGGCUCGGGCGUGACGUGGCACUUGAUAUCUUACUUUCGACCUGCCGAUGUUCUUGAAGGCCGGUUGCAAACCUCGUCGACGAGCUGCAGCUUUGUUCUGCCGGGCUGGUCUUCACCCAGAUAUUCCAUACAAUAUGGCAGCGCAUCCGUAGGUCAAAAAAUCGGAGAGUGUCGCGCUUUGCCGACGGUGCCCCUAUGGGACGAGUCACAGUCCAUGGGCACCAAGUUCAUCCAGUCUGGCCUGAACAAGGAGGCACUGGACAUGACCAAACCAACGUCUGCCAGGGUCCGAUUCUGGACCUUGGAAUUGUUGACAGUGACGCCGCGUUCUGGCUGA